GGGUGGAAGGAGCCGUCCCGCGGGCGCCGGCGAGGGUUAGGUCGGGUCGGCUGGGGACGCCGGUGCGCUAGCGCGGCAGGCCUCGUUGAAGGAGCGGAGGCGUCUCCCGCCGAGGGGUCACAAUGUCUGGCGUGGGAGUGGGCUCCUGCGGGGGGUCGGGCUCAGGGGCCUGUGGCGGCGGCGGGGCGGUGGCGGCGGCCUCCUCGUCGUCGUCGUCUCCCGGUGGAGGCGGCGGCCUGUCGAUGUUCCGCUGGCUGGAGGUCCUGGAGAAGGAGUUCGACAAGGCAUUCGUGGACGUGGACUUGCUGCUGGGCGAGAUCGACCCCGACCAGGCGGACAUCACCUACGAGGGGAGGCAGAAGAUGACCAGUCUCAGCUCCUGCUUCGCGCAGCUCUGCCACAAAGCGCAGACCGUCUACCAGAUCAACCACAAGCUCGAGGCACAGCUAGUGGACAUGAAAUCAGAACUGACAGAAACACGGGCUGAAAAAGCAGUAUUAGAAAAAGAGGUGCACGAUCAACUAUUACAACUCCAUGCCAUCCAGCUUCAACUCCAUGCAAAAACUGGUCAGAGUGUUGACUCGGGGACAAUAAAAGCAAAGUUGUCUGCCCCUUCUGUGGAGGAUAUGGAGAGAGAACUUGAAGCCAACAAGAAAGAAAAGGUGAAAGAAGCUCAACUCGAAGCUGAAGUGAAGCUACUUCGGAAGGAAAAUGAGGCACUUCGUCGACACAUAGCUGUGCUCCAGGCUGAAGUAUAUGGGGCAAGACUCGCAGCCAAAUAUUUAGAUAAAGAACUAGCUGGAAGGGUUCAGCAAAUUCAGUUACUAGGCAGAGAUAUGAAAGGACCUGCUCAUGAUAAACUCUGGAACCAGCUGGAAGCUGAAAUCCAUCUGCACCGGCAUAAAACUGUGAUCAGGGCAUGUCGCGGUCGUAAUGAUCUAAAGCGACCCAUGCAAGUACCCCCAGGACAUGAUCCAGAUUCCUUAAAGAAGAGUCAAGGUGUUGGUCCCAUAAGGAAAGUUCUGUUGGUGAAAGAAGAUCACGAAGGACUGGGCAUUUCAAUUACCGGUGGAAAGGAGCAUGGUGUUCCCAUCCUCAUCUCUGAAAUUCACCCAGGUCAGCCUGCUGAUCGAUGUGGAGGUCUGCAUGUUGGAGAUGCCAUUUUGGCAGUAAAUGGUGUUAAUUUGAGAGAUGCCAAACAUAAAGAAGCUGUAACUAUUCUUUCGCAGCAGAGAGGGGAAAUUGAGUUUGAAGUUGUGUACGUUGCUCCAGAAGUGGACUCAGAUGAUGAAAAUGUAGAAUAUGAGGAUGAGAGUGGACAUCGUUAUCGUUUGUAUCUUGACGAAUUGGAGGAAGGUGGAAACUCUGCUUCCAAUAGAAAAUCUGGAUGUGGAGAUGUCAAACAAUUGCAAGUGUUUGAUAAGAAAGCAAGUAUUGAUGGCCAUGAAAAUGGAGACCUAGGAAAUUCAGUUGAAACAGAGGAGACUAUAUCUAAACUAGACCAAUCUGCUGAAAGCUUAGCCUAAAACCACCACUAACUCAUCAGUGGGACUGGUCCCUUCCCCAAGACAGGUUGUGUAGACUGUUCUGCAUUCAAAAUUCCACAUAAAAUUAUAAAGGACUAUUAAAGGGAUAAAGAGGAGCUGUGUUGCUGUUGCCUGGAAAAAAGCUGUUCUGUUGGUUACCUCAGGGCUUCAUUAUGAGCGUAUCUAAAUGUGUAAAAUUUCCCAUUUUUCUAAGAAGUUGCAUGUCAGAUUAAUUUCCUUUGAAUUAUAAGCACCAAAGCAUGUUGUUUCCAAAGGCUUUUCUUCAAUUUAACUUUGGAUCUUGUUUAUGAUAAAAGGGAUAGACUAAAGCAAAAGACCUUUGACACUUGAAUCCUCUGACUAAUAGCAGAAGCAGAAAAUUGGCAUUCAUUUGCUAGAGAAAUAGAUUUUAAUGACCAUAUAUAAGGGAGACAUGAUUUCUCAGAGGUAAAAUCCAUGACUUAUCUAGUUGCUUUUAAAAUGUGUAUUGUAAAAAGUAAACAGCAAAGUCAAUUCAUUUCAGAUUUUCACAAUAUACAAAAAUAAGUUUGGUUUAAAACAUACACAUACAAAACAUUUUAGCUGCUAAAUAUUUAUUGUGAUGUUAAAUCUCUGAAUUAGAUUCUAGUGAUCUGUUCCUGAGAUAUUUUUCAGCAUUAUUUAAUGCAGCAUAUA